AAUUGUGGGGGAAAAGAAAGAAAAAGAAAAGAGGAGACAGAAAGCCAUUAAAAUUUCAAGCCACCUUAAAAUAGGGGAAAUCCCGAUUUCCCAAUAGGAAGAAAGUACAAGUAUUAGCAUCUACAGUGUAUAGAAUUUCCUUGCGUUUUAUCGCUGAUGCAUCUGCUGCCAUCGGAGGAAAAGGUUAGUCCUAAGAUUUAAUUCAGCUGUUGGUUUUGUCAAAAAAAAAAAGUCUCAAGCUUAACAACCAUGGCCACCCCGUCGAAUACAGCAAACCAGGAAGUGGUUAGAAGGCAAAAUAAAGGACCCCCUUUUAAGUUCUUGGUACCUCUAAUCUACGCUCCUGUUCUUCCACUUAUUCGGCUAACGUUGCGGCAUAGGCCAGUUCUGAGGGAUCGUUUGUUCACUGCUGUUUUGGCUGGUGCAUUUGCUCAUGGCUUUUAUUUGGUAACAGAUAUAUAUGAUGCUGAGAGCAAGUGAAUCAAUAAAAUGCAGUGCGAGGUCUGCAUUUUGGAAGCAACGUAGCCACCAUUUUGCAAAUGACAUGCAGCUCUAAUAUCUCGGAACAACAUGAUGUAUUGCUGACAAUCUAGGGUUUGAUUUUUCACCGUUGUUUGCCAUUAUUAUCUCUUCCAUAUUAGCUUCAAGCCUUCAAACGGUUUCAAUAAAGCAAUGAAUCGACUGCUAGAGAUUCAACGGACUCUUUUGUUACACCAAUUCAUAGGCAAUGCCCCAAGCUAAUGGAUAAUUAUGGAGUUCCACUCAC